UUUUUUCUGUUUUGUAUUUUUUUUAUUUUUAAUAAAUUUUUUGCACUUAAUUUUUUACCUUUUUUUUUUUUGCUAUUCGUUCGUCCAUUCCGACGAUCUUGAAUUAAAUCAAAACGGAAAAACUAAAUAAUAAAAAAAAAUUUUAAGUUUUACAAAAAAUUCAUUUUGUUUUUAACUUUAAAAAGCGUUUAAAGCCAGUUUCAGUUGUAUUUGUUGUAAAAAAUAAAAAAAAAUUAAAUAAUUUUUAAGUGAACAUUUUGCAAUGGAACGUUGGGUUGAAAAAGUUGCAGUUGUUACCGGUGCUACUAGCGGUAUCGGUUCAGCAAUCGUUGUUGAAUUAGUUAAAGCCGGCAUGAUAGUAUGUGGCUUAUCAAGAAGAAAGGAUAAAGUUGAGCAAUUACGUUGUAGUAUAAUUGGUGCACCCGGUCAAUUGAAUGCUGUUGAAUGUGAUAUCACAUCAGAACAAUCAGUUACAGCAGCAUUUAAUUGGAUUAUAAAAACAUUUGGUGGCGUUGAUGUUCUUAUUAAUAAUGCCGGUGUUACAAGUAAAUAUUUAUUAUUAGAAGACAAUAAUAUUAAAGAUUUUCGUACAAUGUUGGAAACAAAUUUAAUUGGUUUAAUAAUAUGUACAAAACAAGCCCUAAAAUUGAUGAAAGAACGUGAGGUGCAAGGUGUUAUAGUCAAUAUAAAUAGCAUUUUAGGCCACAAAAUAAAUACCUGUGUACCAGGAACAAAGCCUGUUAAUGGAAUGUAUCCGGCAUGUAAAUAUGCUCUAACAGCAUUAACAGAAUGCCUUCGGCAGGAAAUCAUGUACUUUGAAAUGAAUGCCAAAGUAAUGAAUAUCAGCCCUGGACUAGUGCAGAAUGAUAUUUUGUCAACAGGAGGUGAUAACGAUUUAGUUAAACUUAUGCCAACAUUAGAUCCAGUAGAAGUUGCUAGAGCUGUUAUGUUCGCAAUGUGCACUCCAGAGAAUGUUCUGGUCCAGGAUUUAGUUAUUAAACCAGGUGGAGAAUUCCUUUAAUUAUCUAAUGUUCAUUAUAUUAUUAUUACUAUGUAGAGACUUCAUUGUGAAAUUCACAACAUAAAAUAUCAAAAAAGUAUUGGUUUUGCUCUUUCAUUUAUAUUAUUGUUUAAUUUAUUGUAUAAUAAAAUAAAAAAAUUUAAUAAAAUUAUGAACUAAAAAUAAAUA